GACUUGCAUGCCGGUGGCGACUAGUCUUGCCAUUUAGUUACCGCGGCUCGUUUACGUCACCGUCGACGUAGCGUCACUUACUUACGUCAGUUACGUAGGCUUGGUGGCUAGGAGGAAGGAAACCGACAAGUGGGCUCGCUGCGCACUGUUGGCCGAGUGAAGCGACGACUCCUUUCCUGUACUUUUUUUUUUUUUUUCGGUGGCACGUUUGGGGGGGAGAUUAUUUUCUGCACCCGGGGCGACAUUCGACACUGUCUAUUGAAUAAGAUAUGUAGUGAGUCGGUAAGUAGCUUGUUGUCACCGACAACGAAGCGAGCUGCUCCGCGUGCUAAAGCUAACACGCUAACUUCCAAACUCCUGAAGGAGUUGUGUCAUUAUUUCGGGGUGUCUGCUUGACAGAGAUUACACGACAAACCGGUGUUUCUUCGUUCACUCACAAUUUAGCAACGGCGGUGGUAGGCGGACGUUAUGGCUUCAGAUGUGAUAGAAAGCGAGGCAACUCUGAAGGCGGUGAGUGACAGCAACUUGAACAAUAGUCGCCCAGAUUUUGGCACACCCAGGCGGACUCACGACAACAGACGCACGUCCAGUCCCUCGUCGUCUGGGGUGUCGGGAGAAGUGGACGAGGAGGAGCUGGACGAGCUCCAACAGAGCACGACGUCCACGGUGGAAAAUGGCGAGGAGGCAUUUGAAGCGUGUUUAACCAAAACAAGCAGCAGUCCACAGGAAAGGACGAGUCUGGACAAUGAGCAGAACCCUGGUGCCCCAGUGAGCCUCCCUCAACCAUUCUCCACUGCUGGACCCAGUGGAAGCCUGGAGCGCCAGGAAUCCGUUGCCACGACAGAGGCCAGAUUAAGGAUGGAGGGAGUCGAGCUUAAGGAAGAGUGGCAGGAUGAGGACUUUCCACGGCCUCUACCUGAAGAGGAGGAGGAGCUUGAAGAGGAGUUGUUUGCUGGAGGCUCUGAAGAGGGAGAUCCUGUGAACCACAAUAAGAAGGAGAAGAAGAAACUCACAGCUCCAGACAUCAGCCUCACUCUUGACCGCAGUGACGGGUCCAUUCUUUCUGAUGAGUUGGAUGAAAGUACAGAGCUGGACUUGGAUGACAUGGACACACCCUCCGACAACAGCAAUGAAUUUGAGUGGGAAGAUGAUCUCCCCAAGCCUAAAACUACAGAGCUACUAGAGAAGGGCGUGGAGUCAGUCAAGCAGUACUCGGCCUCGGACGAGAGGGAGGAGGGCCGGCGCUGGAGGGUGUUUCGCAUCGGAGACCAGGAACACAAAGUGGACAUGACAGCCAUUGAACCUUACAAGCGGGUUAUAAGCCAUGGAGGUUACUACGGAGAUGGCUUGAAUGCUAUAAUUGUUUUUGCCGUGUGCUUCAUGCCUGAGAGCAGUCAACCAAAUUACAGAUACAUCAUGGACAAUUUAUUCAAGUAUGUCAUCGGCACCCUGGAGCUUUUGGUGGCGGAGAACUAUAUGAUUGUGUAUCUUAACGGGGCGACGUCACGAAAAAAGAUGCCAACUGUCGGCUGGCUCCGAAAGUGUUAUCAGCAGAUUGACAGAAGGUUAAGGAAGAAUUUAAAAUCUUUGAUAAUCGUCCAUCCCUCUUGGUUCAUUCGCACCCUGCUGGCACUCACAAAACCUUUUAUUAGCUCCAAAUUUAGUCAAAAAAUCAAGUUUGUGUACAGCCUGACAGACCUUGCGGAGUUAGUCCCGAUGGAGUACGUAUCCAUUCCAGAUUGUAUCAAGCUGUUUGACGAGGAAAAAAAUAGGAAAAGCCGUAAAAGGAUCGACCAGGACGUGCACGGCAAAGUGGAGACGGCCACCGCCGCCGUUCCCAAGUGAUCCUGCGAAAGUACACAGGAGGAGGACGAUGAAGACUGUUCGACUCGCUGCCGCUCUUUCUUUGUGCAUGUUUGUAUUUUGGGGUGGUGUGACUGGAAGUUCUUGCAUCAGGAAAGUGCCUUGUUAAAACGAUGCUGCCUCUUACAUUGCGGAACAGUUUGCGAGUUGCGUUACUCCGAAGCAGCUCUAGGCUUUUUUCCUCUCCCCACACGUUUUCCAAGAGGUUUUUAAUCCUUUUUGUCUUGUUGUAAUUUACUGUCGCUGUAUCCUGUCAAAAUGACCUUCGCUUCAUCCUGUUGUAUCUACUCUUUAUUUAAAGCACUAUGUUACAAACAUUUGAAUCAGUUGAUGCAUGUACUGCUUUAUUACAUUUAAAUAUAUUUAUAUUUCAAAAAGGUGAAAAAGGAAAGUAAUAUAUUUUUAUGUUUGCUCUGAUUUUUAAAAGUGCAUUUUUAGGUCUCUGACCCAGCCCCCUCCCUUCUAAAGGCAAUUCACACAUUUUCAUUUACCUGGGGAAAAUAAAUCCACCCCCAAAUACCUGCAACUUGUGUGGGUCUAAACACCACUUUCUCUAUGCCAUUGAUCAGAAUUAGUUAUAUUUACAUUAAUUAUCAAAAUUGCUUAUUCAUACAGACGAAUCAUGUGGCUACAAGUCCAUUGUAUCUUUCAGAUAUUACCCACAAUACUUUUUAAUUUGGGCACUUGGUGGCACUAUAAUCCUUAAAUUACUGUAUAACAUCCAUCCAUUUUCCGUACUGCUAAUCCUCACUGUUUAGACACAAAAGAAGGUGCUUUGUAACAUCAAAUAUUGUUUGAACAAGGUCUAAAUUACAUAAUCAGAAUAUCAUGUAAUUUAUUUUUAAUAGCCUACAGUUUCCCAGAAGGAUAGAAAGUACACCAAGAUUGUGUGACUGUGCCUUAAUGUUUUCAGAAAGGUCAAUGUAAAGUUUCCUGAGAAAGCGGGGCUCGAACAUUCCUGGGUGUUUUCUCACGAUUUGAUGGUUUAUUCCAUGGAGGAAAAAAGCCACUGAUUGUGUAAUCUGACUAACGAGAUGCAAUGUGCGCAUAAUACUAAAACCAUUAAACUGAAUGGUCAGAGACAAAAAAACGAGAGCCUCCAUGUUGUAAUUACAGGGAGAGUACAUUUGCUAUGAUUAAUUGAAAGAUGCACUUAACCUACUGCUGCAUGAGAAAAUUAGAUGCAA